AUGACUAUGGAAUAUGGCUCCUCGACCGAUGUAGAGUCCGGCGGUACCGUCGGCCCAGCCAGUGACUUCUACCAAACCGUGACCAUCACCGGCACUGAAUCAGUUUCCGGAUUCGCUUCCGCACAGAACACUCCCAGUGACGCUCAUGCUCCUGCCACCACUACUGGCAACACCACUGGGACCACGUCCGCCACUCCCACUGUUACUGGGUCGAGCAGUGGACAGCAGAAGGCCGCAGCGAAUACCGCAUCCUCGACACCAGAGGCUAGCCAGAGUACCAAUGCGGCUCCGGCAAUUAUCACGGGCAACGCUAAGUGGGCUGCUGGUGGCGCUGCAGCUAUGGUUGCGAUCGCUAUGGCAUAA